CUGAAGGCCUGUUUCCUAGGCUACAAACGGGGGACUUGUUCCUUAAUUAACGCCUAGGGGAAAGUCCCCGGACCGCGGGCAGAGAGUGCCACGUGCAUGCGCACGUAGACCUUCCCUGUGUUUCACUGUAAAGUUCGCCAAGAAGCGACCCCCAUCGUGUACGGCGGCGGGGGAGCUGAGCGGAGUGUUGCAGGGGUGUGUCCUCAGUCAGCUCUCCUAGUUACGCAGGCAGUGCGUUUGUGCGCACCAACCACACGGGGCUCAUUCUCAGUGCGGCUGUAGUUUUGGUAUAUGCCACGGACAUUUAGACUUUAGCUGGGACGCGUGGGGAUCACCCUGGCAUCGUCUAAGCCCCUCGGCAGCGCUCCCGCAGCCAUUGAAACACCUCUUCCUCGUGUGGCUUAACACAUUAAACAAAAAUUUUUUAACACUGAGAGAGACAGCGCACGAGCAGGGGAAUGGCAAGAGAGAAGAGAGAGAAAAUCCCAAGCAGACUUCCUUCGUGACUCUGCCACCACCAGUAUUGGAGAUGCUGAGCUGUGGGGGCCAGGCCCAGGGAGGGGUGAGAGUGAAGGGGCCUGCAGCGGCUAUCAGGUCAUAAACCAGGCUGACCCUUCAGCACAGGACUUGCAGACUUGGCUCCCACAUCAGCAGUCAUGAGGAGCAGAUGUGACAAUUACACUUCGGAUCAGCUAGUGCCCGGAAUCCCCUCCAUUGCCCAGGCCUGGGGACUAUGGGCCCUCUCAGGGGCUGUGAUGCUGCUGCUUCUCAUCUCACUGGCUGCGCACUUGUUCCGAUGGACUAGUGGCCGAAGCCAGAGCCACCCAGGACAGAGAUGCCCUGGAGGGUCUGUGGAAGAGGUCCCUCUGUAUGGGAACCUGCAUUAUCUUCAGACUGGUCGGCUGUCUCAGGAACCAGGGCCAGAUCAGCAGGAUCCAACGCCUAGAGGCCCCAGCACGGCUGCAGAGGAAGUGAUGUGCUAUACCAGCCUGCAGUUGCGGCCUUCUCAGGGCCGUAUCCCCAGCCCUGGAACCCCCAUCAAGUACUCAGAGGUGGUGCUGGAUUCUGAGCCAAAGCCCCAGGCCUCAGGCCCUGAGCCUGAGCUCUACGCCUCAGUGUGUGCCCAGACCCGCAGAGCGCGGGCUUCCUUCCCAGACCAGGCUUAUGCCAAUAGCCAGCCUGCACCCAGCUGAGAUGGAGGGCCUGGCAGAGUGGGGCAAGCAUUGCCCCAGCCUCCAUUAGCCUACUGCUACCCUGUCCUUGGAAUGACUGUUUCCCAGCCGCCCCACACCCCCACCCAAGACAUGCAGCCAUUGCCCAGUCACAGGAGGUAACGUUCCCCAAACUUCCUAUCUGAGCUAUGAGGGAGACAUCUCAGGGGAACAGUAAGUAGGUCCCCAGUUUCUUGGGAAGGGAGGAAACAAAGGCAGUGGCCCCCUCUCCAUCCACCUCCCCCCAUCUAUUACUCUAAGGCCCCAAGCUCCUAGGUUCUCACUUCCUCCUCCUUGUGGAUUUUAACCAGAUCCUCUCCACUCCCGCUCCUUUAAAGUCUACCCCUAACACUUCAGUGUUCCCUCAGACACAGGAAGUGGGCAGUGGUGGAAAGGGGAACAGCCUGAGAGGACAAGGAUGGGUAUACUCCUCAGGAGCCCAUAGUCUGGAGGGAUCCUGGAAUCUAGUGACCUGAGGAACCCAAGCCUGGCUUCUUAUCUGAGAACACUGGCAGGAGAAUACCAGUCCACAUCCUGCUGCCUCUGUUGUGUCCCCAAGUUUUCAAAUAAAACUUCUACGUCUCAGAAA